CUCCAAGACGUGCCUCUUCCAGAACGGCCGUACGGGUAUUUCUCUUAUCAAUCGUUGCAUGCCGUGCGAAGCAUCGGGAUCUGCUUCGCCGUUCUUCGCAGAACCAACUUUGUACUACUGGACCUACUAAUUCUGCGGAGUAUUGUCUUUGCGCACUCUCGAGGCGGCGUACUGGCAUCGGUCUCGAGCAAUCUCUCGAUAACACCCUCUUACUGGGGCCACAUAUCCUCGUUGAGGCCGUUACAUACCAUGAGUAUGAGUCUCGAAGACUCUCUCCAGCGAGUUCUCACCAACCAGUCACCUCUCGAAAUCAUCUAUGCUUCUCAUCCACUAUGGCCCCUCCCAGCCCCUCCCAGCCCUUCCACACCGAUCCCUUAUCCACUCAGUAUCUCCGUUCUCGACUCUUCCUUCAACCCACCUACUCUCGCGCAUCUCGCACUCAUCUCUAGCGCACCCCCCACUCUAUCUACCACCGGCGACUACUCCGCCCGUCUCCUACUCCUCUCAGUCCGUAACGCUGACAAAGCUCUCAAAGCCGGAGACGCGACGUACCUCCAACGAAUGGAGAUGAUCCGAGUUCUCGCCACGGAGGAUUUAUCCGGAACGAACGUCGCAGUCGCUAUCGUUGACGAGCCCACUUUCGUGGGCAAAUCGAAGAUCCUGCUUUCCACGUUACGAUCGCGUUUAGAACACAAGUUGUUAUCUGAGGUCGAGAGUGGCGAAGGCCCGGUACGGAUUCCCAGCCUCGAGUUGACCUUUCUGCAAGGAUUUGAUACCUUGGAGCGUCUUCUCGCUCCACGGUACUAUAACAAUUCGGAAUCAGAGAUGCAUACAGCGUUGCGUCAUUUCUUUUCGGCGGAUGGCGAUGAUUCUCGGGUCGUUUGUGCUCGUCGUACCAUGCCCGCUAAGGACGGACAGCCGCAAAGUACGACUGACGAAGGGAUGCAGGUUGUGCUCAAGUCCGGGAAGGAGUACAUCGAGGCGGGGCGUAUCGUGCUGAUGGAGAUCGGUGAGGACUUGCAGAGGCUGAGUUCAAGCGAAGUACGAGCUAGGGUUCACGCGCGGGACGAAAGGUGGAAGCAGAUGGUGACGGGCAGCGUGGCGAAAUAUGUAGAACAGGAAGCAUUGUACCUUGCAGCAUCUGUCUGAUUUGUACUCGAUAUACCAGGACAUA